ACGAAAGGCGAGAAAAAUUCGUCCGCCAGAAUGAGGGGUUCCCAUCACCAGGCCCUGGGUGGCAAAGCAACUCGGCUAGGGGGUAAGGCGAAACGUCACCCCACCGCAGAAAAACUUGACAAGUUUGCGCUGAUGGCGACGAUUUGCAAACCUGCACCCUUUACAAACGACGAGGAGGCGAUACGCGACAGAGAAGCCUGUGACUACACACAACGAAUUACCCUUGAGAUGGCAAGGGCUGGCACAGCUCCCCGGCCCAUCAGGGUCUAUGCAGAUGGAAUCUAUGACCUCUUCCACCAGGGCCACGCGAGGCAGCUCAUGCAGGCCAAGAAUUUGUUCCCUAAUGUAUACCUCAUUGUUGGAGUGUGCAGUGACGCCCUAACCCACAGUCGAAAGGGCCGCACGGUUAUGUCGGAAGAUGAGAGAUACGAGGCUGUUCGUCACUGCCGUUAUGUGGACGAAGUGGUGCCAGAUGCCCCUUGGAGCUUAGAUGACGAAUUCUUGGAUAAACACAAGAUUGAUUUUGUGGCUCAUGACGAUAUCCCAUACACAACUGGCAGUGCUACCGAUGUGUAUGCACACAUCAAAGAACGAGGCAUGUUUGUGACAACAGAACGAACAGAAGGGGUGUCCACUAGUGACGUAGUGUCGAGGAUUGUUAAGGAUUAUGACGUUUAUGUCAGAAGAAAUUUAGCUCGAGGAUACAGUGCAAAGGAUCUUAAUGUAUCAUAUAUUAAUGAGAAAAAGUACCGGCUACAAAAUAAGAUUGACGACCUCAAGAAGAAGGGCAAGGAAAUGUUUGAGGAUAUUGAAGGCAAGAAGACCGACCUUAUCAGCAAGUGGGAGGAGAAGAGCAGAGAGUUCAUUGACACCUUCCUCAUGCUCUUUGGCCGAGAUGGGAGGCUCACCCAGUACCUCACUGAGAAGAAGGACUCCGUCAUGAGUGCCCUCUCCCCUCCCUCAUCCCCCAAGGCCAUCAGCCAAUCCUCUGAAGAUUGUAACAGCCCCCCAGCCAAGUCCACCAAGUUCGACUUCUCGCUGCGCGGUGGCGGAUCGUUGGUGGACGACGAUUACUCUGAUGACGAAUACGAACCUGCGUCCAUGUGAGAACUGCCUUCUCCCCAUUUUUGCGGCCCAGCCCGGCCCCAGGCAACCAGCCCAGUACGCCACCGAUCCCAGAACCAUUACUGUUGCAUCGUCUCGCAGAUUGUGAAAGCACUUAAGAAAUGUUACGACUUGAUU